AUUUUGUCAUGGAGCCAUCAUUACUGAGAUAUUUAUUCUUUGGUGUCAAAAGAUCCGUAGGUUUCACUUCUUUACGUGGUAGUUGGUAAUCUGUAAGAAGUAAGCAAGAUGGCAUUAAUUUGUGAUAUGAUUGGAAGCUAGUCGUAAUAUUAUUAUUUCUUUUGAUUCGUUAUGGAAACAGAUAACAUUUUAAACAACAGAACGAAAUUCGCUGAUUACUUUGUGAUAUGUGGUUUAGAUUUAACAUCAGGUCUUGAACCUGACAGCUUUGCAGGUGAUAACUUGCAAUCAACACCAUUAGAAAGGCCUUACAAAUGCAAAGUUUUGGGACACUAUCCUGAAAAUGUUUCAUGGAAUCCUUUUGACAAAGAUGCAGUUUGUAUGUUAUGUCUUCCAAAUGGACUUCAGUUCAGAACUCAGAAAAGUAAUUUAGAACCCAAAUUUCAUUCAUUUAUUAUUACAAAAGAAGAUGGAAGGAGAAGUUAUGGUGCUAGUUUCAUAUUUUAUGAAGAAAUUAGAAAUAGGAAAAUCUGCAGUGCUAUGCAAACCUUACAAGCUAUGCACCUUACAGAACUUUCUUCUGGACGCUGUAAGCGAUCUAUGGAACACAAUACUAGAUCUCUUCCUCGCCACUUUAAACUAAGUGCUCAUACUCGAGCUGCUCAAAGUUACUAUGAGUACACCAAAGAUACAUUAUAUGUUACAAAGAGCGUAGCUCUUAUAAUGCAGCAACCUUAUGUUCAUGCUCCACAUAUUUUUCUUGCUGGUUUAUACCGAUGCUGGAAGGACCAGGGAAGCCCCAGUUUAGAGAGUUUGGUGUACAACCUUCUCUAUGAAGUUUGUGUUCCUCCGCCUGGAAGAUCACUUAGUUUUAUGUGUUAUCCACAAGAAAAAGUUGUUCUCCAAACUCCUACAAAUCUUGCCGAGUUACCAUUUUUUGACUUUCCUCUUAGAGAACUAUUUACACUUCUAGGGGUUGAUUGUGUCAUACAACUCUUUACUUGUCUACUUCUUGAAAACCAAAUUCUUCUUUGUUCUGGAGAAUAUCAGAGAUUAAUGCUGGUUGCUGAAUCCUUGACUAACUUAUUACUACCCUUUUCUUGGCCACAUGUGUAUGUUCCUAUAUUGCCUGCUUCAUGCCAUCAUUUCCUCGAUGCACCAGUUCCAUUUGUGAUGGGACUUCACACGAGAGAAUCAAGAGUUAAUGUGCCCAGUGAGGCAAACCUAUGUUAUAUGGAUUUGGACACAAGAUUAUUGCAAACUCCUGAGGAAUUGCCUAGCUUUCCUCACAAAACAGAAUUUGCUGAUGAAAUCUGUGAUAUUCUUCGAAGGCACAAAGUGUCUGGAGAAUAUGUAGACAUGAAUCUAAACAAUUCUGGAGAUAAAUUAAUGACUAGCUCUUGCAUUAGCAUGAGAACCCGUAAACAUUCUUGGGCUGACGAUCUUGAAGAUGACCCUUCAUUAACUCAAGGAUCAGAGAUGCUACAAAGGAUUGUGUCCCUUAAUAAAAGAAGCGGUGUUUCUUUAGAUGCCUUAGAUGAUCUAAACGAUGACUGGGACAGUAUGGUAGAUGAUGGUUUUUCAGAAGAAACUGAAAUUAGUUCAGAAAUGCAGUACAUGAAAGAUUUACAAAUUAACAAUGCUGUCAGAGAAAUAUUCCUUAAUAGAUUUGUUCAAAUGUUUUCAACUUAUGAACAUUUUAUAAUUCAGCCUAAUCAGGAUAAAGAAGAAUGGCUGAAUAACCGUGAUUCAAUGCAAAAUUUUGAUAAAGCUACAUUCUUAUCUGAUCAGCCUCAACAUCACUUACCAUUUUUGUCCAGAUUUAUUGAAACUCAGAUGUUUGCUACAUUAGUCGAUAAUAAGAUUUUGAGUAACUGGUGUCCACUCGACCCACUUCUUAGGGUUUUUGAGACACGAAUCAAGCUAGUAAGAAAUCGUUAUGGUGAAUCACUUGAAAGGACUCCUUGCUACGAGGCUUGUACUACUAUCUCUGAUUCUCAGUUGGAAAAGCGAUUAUCAAGUAUUGAUACGGAAAUUCCCUUCCCAACAGAGCUUUUCAAAAAUCAUGCAGUGAGAAGUAGCAGAUCUGGCUUUCCCAUAUUGGAUUCUGUUACCCUGAACCAAGAGCCAGUUCAAAGAUCAAAAAAGAGGAAUAUGAGAAUGAACAAUUCAUUUUCUUCAUUGAGCUUUGAAGGGCUUGAAAUGGAAGGAAUAGUGAGCGUUAGGAGGCCUGGGUCAGAAGCUAGGCCGCUGGUAGGUGGUGAUCGACUGACAACGGUACCAACAAGAACUGAUCCCAGUCCUGCACUUAUAGCACUCUCCAAUUGGGAAUUUAUUGAAAUAUUACUCAAGGAAUGUAAACAAAAGACUAAAAGAAUGCUGGUCGAGAAAUUAGGAAGUGAAGCUCUUGCUAUGGGGCAUGGAGCGCAAACAUCCUUAGUAGAAGAAAAUACACUGAUAGCUAGUCUCUGUGAUUUACUUGAAAGGGUCUGGUCAAAUGGUAUUCAGAAGAAACAGGGGAAAUCUGCAUUGUGGGCACAUUUAAUGAAUUAUCUGGAGCUAGAGGAGUCCACUGAUACAGCAAAACCAAUCGACUCAAACCAUCUAGGUCCAGAGCCAGUUAGAAUCGGAUUUCAUGAAAAGGUUUUGUCUUCAAUAAAAUCAACCAAUAUCAUGGAAAUAGCUUCAUUUAUUACUAAUAAUCUUGAUUUAUCAUCAGGAUCAAUUGAAUCAAGCCCAGACAACCGCUCAUCGCCUAGAAGCAGGUCUGAGAGUAGAACUAGUAAUACUCGAAGACUGAGUGAGGAUUUUCAACAAGAGCCAACAUUAAGGCCACUUCCAAACACCCUUGCCUACGAUUUGAGGAGUGUUCAGGCUAUGACUGAUAUAAAAACACAUGUUGGAUAUGCACGUGCCUUUGUUCGAUUAUCAUUAGAAAAGAAGAUGUUAUCAAAACACCUACGAACAUUAUUGUCUGAAAGUACUCUGUUGAGGUCUCAAUAUAAGAGAACUGCUUUUCUCCGAUGUGAAGAGGAAAAGGACCAAUUUUUAUAUCACUUGCUAUCAUUAAAUGCUGUCGAUUAUAACUGCUUCACUAAUACAUAUUUAAAUACUAGAAUACCUUAUCGCAUCGCUAUAUAUCCUUCAAGAAAAAAUAGCUUUUCCUCUACUACAGCCAAUUGUUGGAUUCAAGUUUAUGGUUCUCAUGGAGAAACUCAAAGAAUACCAGUGCCAAAAGCAACACUAGAAUUUGUCUUUCAUCAUAAAAACUUAGGUUAUCUUACUACUACAAGAAUCGGGCAUGAUAAUUCUGGUUUAAGCCCUAAAUGGUUGGUAGAAUACAUUAUAGUUAGGAAUGAAGUCACUGGUCAUACAUACAACUUUCCUUGUGGCCGGUGGCUUGGCAAAGGAAUAGAUGAUGAUUCUACAGAGAGGCUACUUGUUGGGGAGCGAGAAAAGGAUCGAGAUAUUGAUCGUGGAAGAAGUAGUAGGGUCAGAAGUCCAAGUGUACCACCUCCAAAGAAAGUUUUACCUCUUAGUGAGAUUGAGCAUUUGUUAGGUGACUGUGUAAAUAAUUUAGUUAAAUAUUUCUACUGUGCUCAAGGAAAAGAGUCUAGUAGCUCUCUUACUAUGCUGUUAUGUGGUGAUACUGGUCUUGUAAGUUGUUUGGAACAAGCAUUUUUAUAUGGAUUUAAGUCAUCUCGUCUUUUUGGUAGAAAUUUAUACAUUUGGGAUUAUCUCUUGAAAGUGAGAGAAGAUAGACCUGACAGUUUUGCUCCAUAUGAAGAAAAAAAUAUCGAUUAUAAGGCAAUUAGGUACUAUUUUAGAGUCAUCGAUGCUAUUAUGAAUUCUGGUCAAAAUUUAGGAAAGGAUGGGAGAUUUCAGAUAUUUAUAUGUUUUUGUGUCAGGGAUCAUAUGCUUCAACAUAUUAUUUUCAAUGUUCUUGCUACUUCUCGAAUUACUUUGGAGAUGUUUGAAGAAAAUUCAUUUUUUCGUGACCAGGAUUUGUUAAGUUACUUGAUUCAUAUUUUGAGUUCUUUAGAUGAAUUCAAUUUUUCUUUAGAAAAUUCAUUAGCUCAUGGGAUUACAUUUUAAAUUUAUUCAAAGUUUUAAUGAAAUGUUUCAUGUGAACAUUUUUAUACUCUAUGAAUUCUGUAAGUAUGAAAUUACCUAGUCGUAAACAGAGAAUAUUUAUUUCAAAAUGUCUGUUUUUGCUAUUACUACGUAUUCUACCUGAAGCAGAAACAGAUUUGUUGUAUUUGAUCUGAUGAUUUUGUGUAUAAUAAUAUUAAUAAUGUAAUAUAUUUUUACUAUUCUAUAAUACUCAUAGCUGUAUGUACCUAGCUAAUCGAUUUUUUGACUGUUAAAAAUGUUUAUAGAAAUUUACUACAAGACAUUUAAGAAUCGUAUUUACCCUGAUUAUUUGUUUAUAUAUA